AUGAUAUCAAUUAAUGAAUUUAGUGAUGAAAAUGAAGAAAUCGGAGUGAUUCUACCAAAUAGUGUAAAAAUUUCUGAGAAUAAAGAUGAUGAAUAUAAAAAUAAAUUAAUUGAUAAACAAAAUGAAUCAAUUGAAGAAGAUGGAGAUGAAUCAAUUGAAUUAGAGGAAACCGAUACUCAAAAAACAAAUAAAAAUCAACUUGAUGAUACAAUCACUCCACUUCCGAUGAUGAAAAUAUUGGCAAUUUUUAUAAUUAUGCUUUGUGAUGCUAUCAACUCUUUAUCAAUUUUUCCAUAUGUUAAUUUUUUGGUUUCAAGUUUUAAUUUAACCACUGAUAAAAAUAAAUUGGGUUAUUUCGUAGGAAUUUUAGCAUCAUCUUAUUAUAUAGCACAAUUAGUUUCAAGUUUUUUUUGGGGUUGGUUUAGUAAUUAUCGUGGCCGUCGUCCAUCACUUUUACUUGGAUUAAUUGGUUCAAUGAUUUGUUUAACUGGUGUUGGAUUUUCAAGAAAUUAUCCAAUGGUUGUAGUUUUUAGAUUUUUAUCUGGUUUAUUAAAUGGAAACGUAUCAAUUGCAAAGACAAUGCUUGGGGAAAUUACAGAUUCUUCAAAUCAAGCAAAAGCAUUUAGUUUUAUUGGGCUUAGUUGGGGUGUUGGUGGUAUUAUUGCACCAUUAAUUGGAGGUUUCUUUUCUAAUUUUUGUAAGAAACAUCCAGAAUUACUUGGUGAUGGUAAUAUAUUUUGUAGAUUCCCUUACUUACUUCCAAAUAUUAUAUGUGUUUUAUUUUCACUUACGGGGUUAGUAUUAGGUUAUGUUUAUCUACAAGAAUCAAAAACCUUUUCAUACAGUAAAAUUCCAUCAUCCAGUUCAACUAACCUUAAGGGGUUAUCAAAAAAGAAAAUUAAAUCAUCUCUUCAAAAUUUAAUAAAGAAAACAAAUUUUUUAAAAUCAAAUGGAUUUAAACAACAAAUCGAUGAAAAUGAAAAUCUUGAAGAAAAUUACAACAAUAAUGAAAAUAAAGUUCAUGAUAUCUAUGUGGAUCAAGAAAAAGAAGAUGAUGAUAAUAAUAAUAAUAUAAAUAAAGAAGUAAAUAUAAGAAUUAGUAGUGGUAUUGAUAAAGAUAUGAAAUCAAUUCCAAUUAUUUUAGUUGAAGAAGAGUUAGAAGAGGUUGAAGAGGAUUUAAACGAAUUACCAAGACCAAUUGGUGAAUUAUAUAAAGAUAAACCAGUAAUAUAUUCAUGUCUUACCUAUGCAUUUUUAGGAUUUAUGUUUACAAUAUUUGAAGAGGUAUUUCCAAAUUGGAGUCCUGUUAAAAGAAUAUAUGAUCCUACAACUGGUGUAACAACAGGUGGUGGUUUUGGUUUCAGUUCAAGUAAUAUAGGUACAGUUCAAAGUUCAGCAGGUAUUUUUGCCUUAAUAAUUCAAUUAUUCAUUUUCCCAAGAGUUGUUAAAUCAAUUGGUCUUUUAAAAGCUUAUCGUUUGGCAUUGCUAAUUGCAAUACCAACAUGGGUUUUAUUACCAGAAUUAUCAAGAUUUUGUAUAACUACAGUGGUUGGAGGAGCAAGUGGAUCAUCAAUGGAUGAUAUUCAUGUCGAACAUCCACACAUUUUUUGGGCUAUUUUAUUCCCUGUUUAUAUGUUUCAAUCGUUUGCAAGUGAAAUUACCUUUAUUACAAUCAUUGUAAUGGUUUCAAAUUCAGCUUUACCAAAGGAUAUGGCAUUGGUAAAUUCAAUUGGUAUGUUUUUAGUAUCAAUAUCCCGUUCAUUUGGUCCAACGAUUGCUGGUACUUUAUUAGCAUUUAGUUUAUCACAUUCUUUACCUUAUCCUUUAGAUUUCCAUAUGGUAUUUGUUUUAUUAGCAAUUUUAACAGUACUUUUAUUUGUUGCGUCAUUUAGUUUGCCAAGUAGUUUAAAUUAUGAUAAACAAAAAUCUAAUCUAUUAGAACGUAUUAAAAAUGGUGAAAUAAGCCAAGAUAUUUUAUUAACUCAAAAAGAAAAACCAAUGAUUCAUUAA